AUGGAAGAAAUGAAGAAGACUGGUGUCCAGAUGUCCAAAAGCAGGCAAAACCCAAUAAAGACAGAGUGGAACUCUAGGUGUGUCCUUUUCACCUACUUCCAAGGGGACAUCGGCAGUGUGGUGGAUGAACACUUCUCCAGAGCUCUGAGUAACCUCAAGAGGCCCCAGGACCGGAGCUCCUCAAGCCACAGUGAAAAUGUGAUCCUCAAGAAUGGUGAGCAUGCUGGGAAGGAGGAAGCUUUCACUGAAACACCAGUUCUUCCAGAUGGUUUUCCAUUUUAUACAAAAUCCAGCCAAACUGAAAAUUCAGGAGAACUGAAAGAGGAGCCUGUGGCAGGAAGGGGAACCAAUAGCAGCAUGCCCCCGAAUCAGUGGUGUCUCUCUUCUUGGACAAAGCCACAGCCAGAAGCAUCUCCUGCAAAUGGCGCCAGUGGCAGCAGCUUGGAUGACUGUGGUCCCAAGGCCCCUUCCGGACAUCCUCAGGGGCUGUGGCACUUCUCCCCCCUUGCGAGGCCAGACUUCCUAGAGCCUGCCUGCUUCCGUGAUUUUCCUGACAGGCAUCUGGCUCCAGAGGUCUACCCUGAGGGGAAACAUGGAUCCCUUCACCAUUUAGUCCAGCAAGACAGACACCAAAACCAUCCUCUGGAGCCUGCUGCCAGGGAGAACCGCAGCCCUGCCAAGAUAGCUGGAAGCCCAGGAUCACUCAUGAACCUGCCUUCCAGCACAGGCCACUACAAGAAGAAAAUCCAUGGUCAUGGACCUGCCAGUGCCAGUCUUGAUAAUGAAAGAAGCCAGUCUCCAGAGAGAAGAAGAGAUAUCAACUUUUAUUAG